AUGCUAGCUCAGCAAAGUAUUGAAGGUUUUAGCUAUCCACCUGUUUUUCAUGUGCGCAGAUCUUUUACUAUCCGGACAAUAAUGGAAUUUUGUUGUCUAUCAGCAGGAGCCAAUCACUUUUCAGUCGAAGAGCGCUGUAGUUUAUUUUGUAGAAUUAUGAAGAUGUUCAUAUAUUUCAGCGGUCAGUUUCCAGAUUUGUCUCUCUUAGAUCCUCCCCAGAAUGGAUUGGAUAGAGGACCGCAUUUGAAACAUUUACACCCAAAACUAGUGAAAUUCAUUCAGUCAGUCGUGGAAAUAGAAUCUCAUCUUUUGAUAUCCAAAUCAGAAUCUAUUGUUUACUUCCUUAUCAUGAUAGGUGGUCUACCAAGUAAUCCAAAACGUGCGCUCCUUGUAGACCUUAGCCAUUUUUAUCCUAAUACCGCAAAUGCAAGUACGGUGAAUGCUAGUAUUUUCAGAGAAUUGUUUGAAUCGCUUAUACAGUCACCAUUUUUCAAUAACGUCUUUAAGUGUUAUACGCCUACACAGACCUACGUAUAUAUUUGUGCAUCAAAAGAUUUUUCAUCAUCAUGGUUUCUUCCUCGUCUGCAAUUUCGUUUACCUCAAACUUGUCCUGUUUACGUGUUGAAAGUUGUUCCUGACAUUGCAAUGUCUUCUGAAGAGAGUAAUCAGACUGAAAAUUCAUUAUCAUCCCAAAAGUUACGUAGGGCUUUGUAUGAAUUGCCUUCUGAACUGCGAUGGUACGCUUCUCCACUAGUUCUUGUUGGUGUAAAGCCUAUAUGA